UGUCCAUCGGCAAAAGGGGAAAAAAAAUAGAGAAAUGGUCACAAGAUUUGGGUUUUAUGUCUCUCUCUCUCUCAAUUUGCCAGUGUCUUGAACCAAAGGAAACAACAACAACCAUUUUCCAAUUCCAUUUGUAGUGAUUUGUUCUUCAUUCCUCCAAUACAACAACCAAAGUGUCAUCAUUCAAGUCCCUGCCUUUCUCCUCUUCUCCAGUAAUGGUUUAGGUUUUGCUUUUUUGUUUUCACCUCUCUUUCUCUCUUGGUGAACGACAUAUUCUUGUGCUUGGUAGGUUGUGCCGUUGAGGUAAAUGGGCCCUAAACUCCACUGAAGAUUUAAUGUUUGAAAAGAAGGGUCUCUAUCCCUCUUGCAGUGCUCCCUUUGCCCCCAUUUUCAUGCUGUCUCGCAUUUGGAUCUUUUGAGUUCUUUAUCAGAAGAUAAGAUUUGGAUUUCUCUCUCUCUGAAAGAGAGAUGAUUCUAUGAGGGUUUUUCUCAUGGGUUGUUGAUUUUGGAGAUGGUUUUUCAUGAUAAUCUAAUAAUUGUGUUGGCUUCAUGGGAUUUGCCUCUUUGAUAUAAUUUGCCAGUUUUGAGUUAACUGAGUUAUCUUGAGCUGGAUUGUUUGGUUCGAAGGUAGAAUUGGAAGCUUUAGAGGUUAUAUCUCCUGAAAUUCAGUUUCUUUGAAACGUUAGUGAAAAGGUGGUGUAUUGAAGGUGAGUUCUAGAUGCGGACUGGUGGUGCUGAUCGGGUGUAUGCAUUUGGUAUUUGUUCGUUUCUAAUGCAGGGAAUAAAGGUUGAGAGACAGGUUCUUUGAUUUUGGAGUUGGGGUUUUGACGAAUCAGGUGUUGGCUAAUCGUUGAAGCCGAAACUAUGGAUAGAGGGAUUCAACCCCCUCUGGUUGAUACCACAGCUUGUCUAUGUAGAGUAGAUGCAGGCCUCAAAACAGUUGCCAGUGCGAAAAAAUAUGUCCCUGGUUCUAAGCUCUGCCUUCAACCAGACAUUAAACCAUCCAUUCAUCCUACUAGGGGCAAGCCAUCACGCGGUGACAGGAGCCGAAACCAAUCUCCUCUGCUUCCAGGACUCCCUGAUGAUCUUGCUAUUGCUUGCUUGAUCCGGGUCCCAAGAGUAGAGCACUGUAAGCUACGGCUAGUAUGCAAAAGAUGGUAUCGUCUUUUGGCCGGAAACUUCUUCUACUCACUUCGGAAAAGCCUUGGGAUUGCUGAAGAAUGGAUAUAUGUCAUCAAGAGAGACCGAGAUGGCAAAAUCUCAUGGCAUGCAUUUGAUCCUGUAUACCAACUCUGGCAGCCCCUUCCCCCUGUCCCAAGGGAGUACUCUGAAGUCCUUGGAUUUGGUUGUGCUGUCCUCAGUGGCUGUCACCUCUACUUAUUUGGUGGCAAAGACCCUCUAAAAGGAUCAAUGAGAAGAGUAAUAUUUUAUAGUGCUAGGACGAAUAAGUGGCACCGUGCCCCAGACAUGCUUCGUCGGCGGCAUUUUUUUGGUUCAUGUGUGAUAAACAACUGUUUAUAUGUAGCUGGUGGGGAAAAUGAGGGGGGGCAUCGGUCCCUGAGAUCAGCAGAAGUUUACGAUCCUAACAAGAAUAGGUGGUCCUUCAUUGCAGAUAUGAGCACUGCUAUGGUGCCCUUUAUUGGGGUUGUUUAUGAGGGCAAGUGGUUCCUGAAGGGGCUGGGAUCUCAUCGACAGGUUCUAAGUGAAGUCUACCAACCAGAAACUGAUAGCUGGUACCCUGUUUACGACGGCAUGGUUGCAGGCUGGAGAAACCCAAGUGCUUCCUUAAACGGAAACCUCUAUGCUUUGGACUGUAAGGAUGGCUGCAAACUUAGGGUUUAUGAUGAUGUGACUGAUUCUUGGAGCAAGCAUAUUGACAGUAAGAUGCAUUUGGGAAGUUCUCAGGCAUUGGAGGCUGCUGCACUUGUUCCACUUAAUGGAAAACUCUGCAUCAUCAGGAAUAAUAUGAGCAUAUCUUUGGUGGAUGUGUCAAAAUCUGAGGAUUUGAGGGGAGCCACUGCAGAGCAUUUGUGGGAAACAAUAUCAGGGAAAGGGCAGUUUAAGACUUUGGUCACAAAUCUCUUGUCAAGCCUAGCAGGCAGGAACCGAUUGAAAAGUCAUAUUGUGCACUGCCAGGUUCUUCAAGCAUAAACAAAAGCUAAGGCAUCAAAAAUCAGCGGGGGCUCCUCUUGCCAUCUAGUAGCUGUUGAAAUGUUGCUUAUAACAUUCAUGGAAGGACAGUACCAGAAGCUCAGAGACUUACAAAUCCAUUUCAGUCUGGUUCUUUUUGGAGAAUCCUUAUACCAGGAGGAGUGCUGUAUGGGUAAGGAUGUUUGUUUUGCUAGAAUUUAGAUGUAAGAUACAGAGUAGUUUACAUGUUAAAAAUUGAAGAGCAAACUAUCCAACUGACUUGGCCUUCUUGUCACAAUGUAUCUGGCUCAGCAUGUAUGAUACAUAAGCAGGUCAGUUGGUGAUUGAUCUUUCCUCACAAAUCCUACUCUUUUUUUAUAUAUAUAAUUUUCAAGGCUA